GUAGAACUUCCUCAUCGGAACCCCAUAAGAAGUUAUAUGUCCCGUGUUCUUCGCACCCACUAGCUAUGCUACUCCACAUCAGGAUCUUGACUCGUAGCUGCUGUCGUUCGGUACACAGUCCGGAUGUCUUUUAGAUUUUCGGUUGCCGUCUUGAGAAUACGACAGCGACUCUGUGCCAAUUUUUUGCCACUAUGGAAGCUGCCGACCACACCCGGAAAUCACACCAGGACCCAUUUGCCAGUGGGCCAAACAUCGUGCCGAGUCCUGACACUUCGGCGGAAGCGCAGGGAGACUCCACGGCGGCGCUCUCGGGCAGUCAAUCUAGUCAGAAAGUGCCUAAGAAAAGGACCAAGUCUGGAUGCCUAACUUGCCGGCAACGUCGCAUAAAAUGUGGCGAAGAGAAGCCCAUCUGUAAUAACUGUAUCAAGUCAAAGCGCGUCUGCAAGGGCUAUGGUUUACGCCUAGUUUUCAAGGAUCCAUUGGGCAUUACUGGCACCACCUCACAACCGGUAACUGUCAGCACAGAGACAUUCAAUGUGCCGCCUCCCAGCGAGGAUCUUAGCAAUGCAGUCUCACAACAAAGACGAACCAGGUCUGGUCAACCGGUCCUGGCCGCAAAGUCCGUUGCAACCACAAUUACGGAACCGACUUCUCCGUCAAUCACAGCAACAGCGCCUCAUGAGUUUCAGCACUCUAGCGUAGAUUCGGACCGACCGCAGUCAAAUAUAGUUUUGCCGCGGGGAUAUCCCGCGCUCCGUGAACUGGCAGAUACCUUGGCCUUCCUGGAUCAACAACGGUCGGGUGGCUUAGAGGUGCGGUACCCCACUAAUACGGGCAUAUCAUAUCCGCAGGGAUCUUCCGUAGUACCCGGCGCAAGAUUCGCAGGCUCAACCUCAUCUCAAGCACAACUUUAUGCUGAAGAAGAACGAGAAGAUGAUUACUAUGAUCUUGACACCGACGAGGAGUUUCACGAGCAGAAGAUGGCGCUAGAUUACAAUCAACUUAGUCUCAUCAUGGCAUCCGCUAACCGCGACCAACAGCAGCUUCGAACCUUUACCACUUACUUGAGUGAGCCAAACAUACUCACCUCUUAUGCCCCAACUUAUGGCUUCUCUCCGCUGAACAACCCAAAAGCAGCGCGCAUCUUCCUGCAUUUCAUUAAUUCUACCGGGCCAACUUUAUCCGUAUUUGAGCGACACCCCAUUGAGCCUUCAACCAUGUCGGAGUUUCCGGUCCCAACGGCACGACAAGGACUUUGGACCUAUACGCUCCCUCUAAAAGCCUUGGAGAACCAUGCAUUGCUACAGGCCAUACUGGCUCUGGGCAGCUUACACAUAUCUUUCCUGCAGCAAGCCCCGCCGACAGUUUCCCUGAAGCACUACCAUUAUGCGCUUAGGAGGGUCAGUGUUGCAGUUGGUCUACCCAUGCGACGUAAGCAUAUCAGCACUUUAGCCGCUACACUCCUGCUGGGAUACUACGAAGUGAUGGGCGCAGAUCACCCUAAGUGGAAUAGUCAUGUCGCAGGGUCGGCUCAGUUGGUGCGCGAGAUUGACUUUGCUGGAAUAACACGUAGCCUGCGUGCCCAACGACGCAGAGACUGGGCUCAGAGGCAACAAAUGGAACCCUCAAGUCUCUCCCUAGCGGAAUCAUUAUGCUUGGCCGAUACGGAUUCUAAGGAUGACCCUUUUGCAAGAAGCGAACGAAACAUCAAUGAGAAUCUGAUAGGAGCCCUUGUUGGCCGAGCUGUCAAUUACGAUGAGCUUGGGCAGACCGAGGACGAUCAAGCCGGCGCUCGCCAUGAGAGUCAUUUUACUAGGGAAGACAUUGAAAAUUUUCGAAUACAGUGCGACCUUUAUUGGCAAUACCUGCAGCAGGAUGUCAUACAGAGUAUCAUCGGUGGUGGCCCGUUAUUCAUGCCAUACUCUCAAUGGGGACUGUGUCCUCCACGUGCGGGAAUGGGUCGAUUGGACGCUAUAUACGGCUCUGCGGAUCAUCUGUGGCUUUUACUGGGGCGACUGACGGAUUUUGGUGUCCGCGACAGAAAGCGGAAGCUGACGGCAACACAAAGCACGGGAUCGGAAUGGCGGCCCGAUUUCAGAUUCGCUAGUUUUAUGGCUCGUUUUACAAGAAGAGACCCUGAACAGCAGACAAGACCCUCAAUUGGUGGCGCUGUACAGCCCCCUUCCGGUUCGCCGUCGACUGCUCCGCCGUUCUACGGCAUGGCUCAGCCCCGCAGGCCAAGACAUCCUCCACCUGAUUUUGUUGAUUUUGCCGAUGAUAGCAAGUAUGAUGAAGAAAGAUCUGAGGAAACAUCGUACGAUGAGGCUGAAGCUGAGUGGGAGAGUAUAUUAACGGCAUUCGACGCAUUCGGGAGCGCUCUCGGCCCUCACUUCAUGCCUCUGCCUGCCGAUAGUGUAUCCCCAAUACCAACGCCGUUCGGCCCUGCUCUGCAGUACCGGACACAUACUAUAGCUGUUCUCUGGAGCUAUUACUUUGCCGGUCAAAUUCUCUUACAUCGGUUACAUCCAUCGAUGCCUCCUGCCAUGAUGGUAUCUGCAAAGGUAGCAGCGCCGACUACAGCAGGAUACUCGCAAGAUAUCGGGAGAAUUGCGGCCGGGAUCUACGACUCACAAAGAAUUUACCAAGAAGCUGGGGGUCUGAGCCCAGCACUAGGAUCUUGUCUUAUCAAGAUGACUGUGCCGAUUUUCUGUGCCGCCAUUCAGUGCACAGACCCGGCGCAACGAGACUGGGUCGUCACAAGGUUGCGCAACCUUUUCCGCAAGAGUGGUUGGCUAAUAUCCAUUUCCAUAGCCAACAGUUGUGAGAAUGCGUGGAGGGUUGCUGCGAAGCAAGGUCGUGGUCCUCCUCACGAGCGGAAAGACACGACCGAUUACGAACAAGCCUCAAAAUGGACGCCACCUGGUAAAGAGAGUUACUUGAGUGACACCGGCGAAAGGCGUUUCGUUGCCGUUGCCAGAUGCGCAGCAGCAGCGGGCUGGGCAAUGGGACUCCUGAGUUUGGAAGAUGACGUACUGAACCUCGAGCUCAAGGAUCGGGUAUGAGGACUCCAUAAUGUUCCUGCAUCGGCCAACCUGCUCGCUGGCAAGAAUCUAUCAAGCACUGGCCAAUAUUCUAUGAGCCUGUUUAAUAAGUCAGAAGGGUUGUCAGCCAAUGUCAACACCACCCGACCUGUCACUCCUCUUGACAAAAGCUCUUGGUGCAAGCGUGUUUAUUCCUUGUCAGCAAGGUGUAGUGUGCGACAGCAUGACAUCUGGAUCGUACUGUCCCCAAACCGUUCGAGACCUCAGUGCGGAGCUACCACUAUUU